AUGGGGCAAGAAGCGUCCAAGCCCGACCCGAGCGCGCAGCUUCUGGUGAUCGGCUGUGGAAUGUCCCGCACAGGCACCGCAUCCUUCAGCGAAGCGUUGAAGAUACUGCUCGGCGGUCCAGUGUACCACGGCGGAAGUCAGCUAGUCGGCGCCGGCGAGAAGCACAUGCGCGACUGGACCGAAUUGUGCAAGCACACACCCAUCACGGACAAAGAGGAUAGGAAAAUCGUGCUCGAGGGCCUCAAGUCAAUGGUGGCAGGAUACACGGCCGUGACAGAUCUACCUCCCAUCCUGUUCACCGAGGAGCUGGUCGAACUGUUUCCCGACGCGCAUGUCAUCUGCACCACCCGGGACCCGGAAGAUUGGUGGAACAGUGUGCGCGCAAUCACCUCGAAAACAGACACGGAAGAGCGAGAUGAGACCAUUCUUCGCUUCAUCCUGGCGCUGUUGCCCACAAUGAGAUAUUGGCACGCCUUCAAUGUAGCACUGAAGAACGGUCGCAUGGGUGAGCUUUAUUACUCGUCGGGACACAAGCAUCCGCACGCAGGACAGUAUCAAGAGCAUAUGGACUAUGUUACCAGAGUGGUGCCCCCGGAGAGGCUGAAGUUCUACGAUGUAAAGGACGGGUGGGAGCCCUUGUGCAAGAUCUUGGGCUGUGAAGUACCUGAUGUUCCAUUUCCGCGCGUCAACGACGCGAAAGCGACGCAGGAGAUUGCCGUGACACAGAUCCGACGAGGUAUCACGGCGUGGGUCGGCGUUGGUUUGGGCGUCGGAUUGUCAGCUUUCGUGGCGGCCCGGAGAUGGCGCAGAUGA